CUCCUCAGCUUUACUGCUCAGUCUAACUACAACAGCGUGUCACUUUCUGCCUCCACACACACACACACACACACACGCGGCGUGUUCAGGAGCUCUUCAGUUCCUCCUCACUUGUUUCUCUCCAGGACGCGGGUUAAACAGGACUUCACUCGCCUGGGUGUCUUUACAACACGGAAUAUGUUUUAACGAACUUUAAUUAAUUAAUUAAUUAAUUAAUUAAAUUAAACUAACAGGGUUUUUUCGGUGUGAGUGCGCGCGCGCUGGUGUUUUGAGAUGCGCGGUGGAAUGGACUAGAAGGGGGGAGAAAACAACAAACCAAAACAAGCACGACACAUCUACAUCAGUAUUUAAAGCCACGCUUGGCAAGUGUGGCAUCGGCUUUCGGGGAGGAUUAUCUCGGGGGAACAUGGAGGAGGACAGCGCUCGGGAACACGCCGAGCAGCAGUGCAGAGACUCGGAGCGCCAGCUUCGCCUGCGGCUGUGUGUGCUCAACGAGCUGCUCAACACCGAGCGAGAUUAUGUGCGCACUCUCUCCUUCCUGCAGUCGGCCUUUCUCCAGAGGAUCAGACAGAUGGGAGAAAAUCAGCAGUGUCUGACACCGGAACAAGUCAAGAUGUUGUUCUCUAACAUUGAAGAGAUCUUGGAUGUACACCGGGAGUUCGUCUCUGCUCUGGAGGCCAGUCUGCAGCCCGAGCCUCAGCCUCAACACGCGCUCGGCCAUGUCUUCCUUAAGUUUAGAGACCGCUUCUCAGUGUAUGGAGAAUACUGUAGCAACCAUGAGAAGGCACUCAGGCUGCUGAUGGAGCUCAACAAGAUCCCCCACAUUCGUACCUUCUUACUGCACUGCAUGUUGCUGGGAGGGAAGAAGAGCACAGAUGUUCCUCUGGAGGGAUACCUGCUCUCACCUAUUCAGAGGAUCUGCAAGUACCCUCUCCUGCUCAAGGAGCUGUUGAAAAGGACGCCCAAGAAGCAUGCAGAUUACCCGGCCGUAGAGGAAGCUCUGCAGGCUAUGAAGGAGGUGUGCUCCAACAUCAACGAGACGAAGAGACAGAUGGAGAAACUGGAGGCUCUCGAGCAGCUCCAGUCCCAUAUAGAGGGCUGGGAGGGAACAAAUCUAACCGAUAUCUGUACUGAGUUGCUUCUGCAUGGAAAUCUGCUGAAGAUCUCUGCAGGAAACAUUCAGGAAAGGGUCUUCUUCCUGUUUGAUAACCUGCUCGUGUACUGCAAGAGGAAGUCCAGAGUUUCAGGAAAGAAGUCGACCAAGAGGACGAAGUCUAUUAACGGCCCGCUGUACGUCUUCCGUGGCCGGAUCAACACGGAAGUGAUGGAGGUGGAAAAUGUCGAAGAUGGAACCGCUGAUUAUCAUAGCAACAACUACACUGUGACCAACGGAUGGAAGAUUCACAACACGGCCAAAAACAAGUGGUUUGUGUGCAUGGCCAAGAAUGCAGAAGACAAGCAAAAAUGGCUGGAUGCCAUUUUAAAGGAGCGUGAACAGAGAGAGAGUCUUAAACUGGGAAUGGAGCGGGAUGCGUAUGUCAUGAUCGCAGAGAAAGGCGAGAAGCUUUACCACAUGAUGAUGACCAAGAGUCGACAUCUGAUCAAAGACCGGCGGAGGAAACUCACCAUCGUACCCAAGUGCUUCCUGGGAAAUGAGUUUGUCGCCUGGCUGCUAGAGAGUGGAGAGAUCAGUAAACCAGAAGAAGGGAUCAAUUUGGGUCAAGCGCUCCUGGAGAACGGUCUUAUCCACCAUGUUUCAGACAAACAUCAGUUUAAGAACGAGCAGGUACUGUAUCGGUUCCGUUAUGAUGACGGCACUUACAAAGCCAGGAGCGAGAUGGAGGAUAUCGUAUCCAAGGGUGUGAGACUGUACUGUCGUCUCCACUGCCUGUUCACACCCGUGAUUAAAGACCGAGACCAUCACCUGAAGACGUUUAAAUCAGUGUUACCAGCCAGUAAACUGGUAGACUGGCUUGUCUCACAGGGAGACUGUUCUACCCGCGAGGAUGCCGUCACGCUCGGGGUCGGCCUGUGCAACAACGGCUUUAUGCAUCACGUCCUGGAAAAAAGCGAGUUCAAGGACGAAUCUCAGUUCUUCCGUUUCCACGCUGACGAGGAGACAGAGGGCACCAGCACUAAGACCAAGCAGCUCCGCAAUGACUUUAAGCUCAUCGAGAACAUCGUGGCUAAGUCCCUAGUGAUUCAUCCAGAGGAGGAAGACUAUGGAUUUGAGAUUGAGGAGAAGAACAAGGCCAUCAUGGUGAAGAGUGUAACCAGGGGCUCCCAUGCUGAGAUGGCAGGGUUGCAAGCAGGAAGGAAGAUCUACUCCAUUAAUGAAGACUUGGUGUUCCUGAGACCCUUCGCCGAGGUGGAGAUAAUGAUCAACCAGUCUUUCUGUAUACGCCGCUCUCUCAGGCUGCUAGUUGCCACCAAAAACAAAGAGCUUGUGAAGAUUCCAGAUUGUCAAGAUGGCCUGUCUUUCAAACUGCGCGGAUCCUGUCCUCCAUAUGUGCAUGCAGUGAAGAAAGGGUCAGAGGCCGCAGCAGCAGGUUUGCAGCCAGGCCAAUGCGUGCUCAAAGUAAACGGUGCGAACAUGAGCCAGAGCAACUAUGACGAAGUGCUGGAGCACUUCAGCAGCUAUCAGCCCGAACAGGAUGAAAAGGAGCAGGGCCACAGUCCGUGGGUGUACCGCGUGUAUGACGAUGUGGAGGAACAAGCGUUCAGCAUGUGUCUGCCUGAGAACGGUUCAGAUGGAGAGGAAAACGGCUGCACUAAUGGAACAGUUCGAGGUCUGCAACAUUUGUCCCUUUCUGGAGACGCCCCACUGGUUAACAUGAUGGUGGAUAACGUGCACCUGGAACACGGGGUUGCAUAUGAGUACGUGAGCUCAACCGGGAUCAAGCACCAUGUCCUGGAAAAGAUGGUGGAGCCAAAGGGCUGCUUCCACCUCACAGCGAAGAUAUUGGAAGCAUUUUCUAAAGACGACAAUCAUUUUGUGACGAGCUGCAGUCAGCUGAUUGCUCAGAGCGAGCGCGUCGUGUCCAUGCCACAGUAUGAGUUCAGAAAUAUCUGCGACUCCAAACUGGAGAGUAUACACAAACGUAUUCGUAGCUACCGACAGUUUGCAGAUGAGCUUCAGAAUAAGGGUUCGCCCAUGUUCAAGCAAGCUAGCAAUAAACCUCAUGCUCUGGGAUGCAUGGACUUCGUGCCCACCAACUGCCACCUGAAUUUGAUGCAGGUUUCAUGCCCCAAGAGCAGCACAUCGGCCGGUCGUGCCUUUAGCAUCCGCUUUGGGCGCAAGAAUUCCUUUUUUGGCCUCGACCCAGACCAAGCUAAUCUGAACCCCAUGUCUCACACGGUCCACUGUGUGACCAGUAUGGCCGCCCCAUCCUGGAGCUGCACAGGCCUGGACAACGAGGAAGUGGAAGCAGUGGAUGGGGGCAUUGAGGCAAGCAGGAGGCGCACGCGCGGUGAAGGAGGCCUCAGUUUUCUCCUCAAGCAGGAGGACACUGAGAGCCAGGACAACUACAUCUGUCUUUAUAACCGGCUGGAUGUCGCCGUUAGGGAGAUGAAGCUCUACGUUGCUCAAAUUGAGGUGCUUCUUUCCUCCAUCACUGGUCCCAUCCAACCUCAGAGCUCCGAACCUCCUUCAGAUGACAGCGUGCCGUCUACUUCUCCAGGGCAUGAGGAGACCAUUCAGAGCAAAAGAGUGUGCUUCAAAGUGAACGAGGAUGAUCAGGAGGAUUCUGGACAUGACACCAUGAGCUACAGAGACUCUUACAGUGAGUGUAACAGUAACCGAGACUCUGUGCUGUCCUACACGAGCGUACGAAGCAACAGCUCUUAUCUCGGGAGUGACGAGAUGGGCUCGGGAGAUGAGCUGCCAUGUGACAUGCAGAUGCCCCUGGACAAACAGGACAAACUGCAUGGGUGUCUCGAGCAUCUUUUCAACCAAGUCGACUCUAUCAACAGCCUUCUGAAAGGGCCGGUCAUGAGCAAAGCAUGUGAGGAAACCAAGCAUUUCCACCCUGACCACACUCAGCCAGAAUUCCGCCACGCUGACGACUGGACAGCACGGUGCAGAUACGUCCUACACAAAAACAUCCAGGAGGACCCUUGGAACCUGCCCAACUCCAUCAAGAACUUGGUGGACAGCCUGCAUCGCUUCGUGGAGGAUGGAAGGAAUCAGCUCCUGCUGGCGUUGCUGAAGUGCACAGACACGGAGCUGCAGCUGCGACGAGAUGCGAUUUUCUGCCAGGCCCUCGUGGGUGCGAUGUGCACGCUGGCCGAGCAACUGGUCUGGGCGCUGAACCUUCGCUUCAACAACAACGGUGAAUAUGAAGACGACUGCAAGGAGGUCAGCCGCAAAUGGCUGGAGCAGAUCUCGGCGAUCGGGGUGCUCUUCAACUUCCAGUCCACCCUUUCGCCGCACGUGAGAGAGGAGCGCACCAUGCUGGAAGACACGAAAGCAGCCCUGCAGGAUCUGGAUAAAGUCACCGUGCUCUUCCGACCGCUGGAGAACGAAUGCCUUGUUGCGAACACGCCAGUGCAUUACCAGGUGGAAGGCAACCGGCAGGCGAUCCGUGUCACGCUUUACCUGGACAGCUGUCAUUUCAGCGAGCUUCCCACGCGUCUGCAGAACGGAGGCAGCCUCAAGCUGCACUCGGCUCUUUUCACCAGAGCAUUGGAAAGACCAGAAGGAGUGGCAUCCCAGGACUUUGUAGCCAUGGAGGAGUUUCAGCAGCGGAUCAACGCUGUGUCACUUGAAAAAGUCAAGUUCUAUUACAGAAGACUCAGGGCUUUCUAUUUAGAGAAAUCUAAUUUAUCAUCUGAAUCAAAUUCCACUGCCAUGAAAAUAGACCAUCUCCUUCGUCCUCUCAACACCCUGGAUGACCUGUGUAGGCUAAUGCAGACCUACAUGAACGUGAAGCCGAGUGCGACGGGCCACCCUUCCGGAGUCAGCGUGCUGCUGGUGUCCUCAGAGCUGUGCAGCCGUCUGGGGGGCUGCCACAUCAGCAUGUGUGCCACCGGCAUGCAGAGGUGCACCCUGACCGUCUCCUUGGAGCAGGCCAUGAACCUGGCCAGGAACCACGGCCUCAUGCAUCGCUGUUUCAUGCAGACUAUGGACAUUAUGCGCAAACAAGGAACCAGAGUAGAAAUCUCUGCCAAAAACCUCAAAGUGAUGGACCAGAUGCCUGCCUUCGCACCAAGACUUUUCAAGCUGUGUCUCCCGCCUUCCGACGGAGACCUCUGAGCUACAUCCUCUCGACCGUUCACUUGAAAUAUUAAGCGAAAGGCUUGUGACUUUAGGACAGUGUUUAAGAGGUCACUUUGCCAGACGUUUCCGUUUGUACCAGACCUCGGCUCUGAGAGGAUUUUUACAGGAGGGUACCACUCCCACUGCUUCAGCACAGACUUUUCUCUCUUGGAUUUACUUGGAUUUUCCCACUGAUUGGUGCCGCUCCUAAGACUAUGGCUCUUUUUUUUUUUUUAACCGAGUUACUAAACUACCUGUAACAGACUGUGUUCCUCACUUUGCCUUGGACUGCAGCGUUGGUGACUAAACCGGUUCCGUCUCUAGCUGGCGACCCUAACGUUUCUUCCACUGCCUCAUACACGUGGUGAUUAUGUGCAAUUACUGUAGCUUAGCAUGUGCAUCCUUGCACUAUUCCUUCUCUUCAAAAGAAGUGUUUUUUUUAUUUUUCUCACAUCAGGUCUUAUAAAUUACUGAAAGCAUUCCACUCUAACCACCUGACAGUAUUAUAUGGACCAAGCUGACACUGUUGAAGAUGUUUUAGUUUCUAUAUCUAUUGAAAUGCUUUAUUUUAUUUUUAUGGUAUAUUUUCAUUUGUCAGGGUUCCAUAAUGUAAACAGGAAGAAAGUUCAUUUUUAGGGCAGAAAGCUGAAUGAAAAUAAUCAGUUGACAUGUAUUAAUACUAAACGCUCAAGAUUUUUACUAAUCAGAUCAGAGAAAGCGAAGAAAUUUCGUUUUUUGUGUCUGGUUUUGGCACUUUUUUUAUUUUUGGGUGUUACAGUACAGAAAUAUUCCUGAGCGUAGCAUGAGUGUUUUAAAAAGUACAAUAAUAAUAAUAAUUUUUAAAAAAGCUCACUUUAAUUAUCAGUGUUUGCUAAAGUACUGUACAAAACAAUGGGAUCAUUGAAGGAUAUUUAGAUAAAGGCACCUAUUUUACUGAAUUUCACUCAUACACACACACACACACACACACACACACACACACACACUGAUCAGCCAUAACAUUGAAACCUUAAAACCACCUUGUUUUAGGGUCCCCUCGUGGUGUCUGGCACUGGGAUGACCGCAGAACCUACUGUAUGGGUGCUGUGGAUCGGACUUGUCCAGCAUUUCCGUUUGGUGCUUGAUUGUAGUCCAGGUUGGCUGCCUAAGGCUUUUUUUCUGCCAGGCCCCAUGCAUGGCAGCGUGUGAUGCAUUGGCUGUACUGGUGCCUUUCUAUAAUGGCCAGCAUUGACCUUUUGAGGACCGAACCUGACAGCCUGACCUUCAGGUCCCCACAAUCCUGUCACCAGUUUUCCUGGUCAGUGAUCAUUAUUGUUCAGUAGUAAUGCUCUGGCUGAUCGGUGUUUGUGUGUGCGUGUCCCUCUUUAGGGACUGUAAUGCUAUGAUUUAAAUCAUAAUGCUAAAGCAAAACAAUGUGGAACUGUACAUCUUUUCUUUUGUAUACAUGCUGUAUAUGUUCAACAGGAGUCCUUCUUGCAUAUUUCCACUUAUAUUGUUUUCAGUAUUUCAAUUUCUAACCAUGUCCAUGUGGUCAGUGAAGAUCUUUAGACAAUUUGGAAAAUGUACCAGAGCUGGCUGUGCUUUUUAACUGAGGGGGAUAAAUUUAACAUUCAUCUAACAUUUUGGUUCCUCAAAGCAAGCUCAAAUGUUAUUUAUUGUUUGGCCUAUGAUGAACCCAGCAUAGGCUGUUCUUUUAUUCGAAAUAGUAAGAAUAAAACAAAAUAUCAUACAUAAAUAUGCAGAUUUUACUUACAGAACAGUAUAUAUAUUCAUAUUUUUAUUUAUUAUUUUAUGGAAAAUCAUCUUCCCCUAUGACAUAAACAUACUACAGGUAUAACUAUCUGUGCUUUUUUUUUUUUUUUAAGUCACUCAGCCAACGAAACACUGUGACAAAGAUUGUGUUCGGUGUUAUGCAAUGCUUUUUUUUUUUUUUUUUUUUUUUUGACAUUCACUGUGCCUUUUGGACAGAAAAUAAAUUGGGUGUUUAAUUUAAAUUGUAACAUAACUGAUACUGUAUGUUUAUGUGCAGCAGAUCUUUAUUUGUAACUGGUAAUGGUUGUGUGGAGUUCACCAAAGAGUGGAGACGAUGGCGUGCAUUUCCAGCCGAGCUUGCUUUCGAGAAACCAGAUUAUAAUGCUGCAGGAUUAAAUUUUCGGUUAUACGUGUCGUCCAGCCCCAGACAGAUUCUUUCCUGCAUCAUUACCUGUUUGGGAUUAGCAGAUAAAUUUAAUCAUGUAUGUAAGAUCUGGGAAAUGUUCCUGUGUGUUAGUCCCAGGCUAGGCUCAAAACGGGAAUCUCCUGGUCAGUAAAGAAAAAAAAAAAAAACUUGUAUAAAAUAAGCUUAACUAUUUAAUGGUGUUCUUUAACUUGUAAUAUCUGUUUGAAUGUACUGAUAAGAGUUUUUUUUUUUUUUAAGCAAUGUGAUCAUGACACGAGUCUAUAAUGUCAGCUCAUUAACAGUCUAUUAAAGUCCAUCAGGUUUAAGUGAACCCAAUGUCACACUGCUGGUUGAUGUGUGUUACAGUAUCACCUAUACAUAAACACUCCCAAAACAACAGGCAUGUACUGUACAGUAUCAGAUGUUUUCACUUGUCCCGUUCUGUCAAAUCCAUAUGGAAAUUAAAAUUUCUCAUGGUUAAU